CUUGUUUGUGUGAUUCGUGCAUAAAGCAAAAGUGACAAGUGACGCGAUAGUACCAAGAAAAACAAUGGAGGCGUGUAAUGUCGUUGAACGGGAAGUUGACAAGAUUUUAUUAAAAUUUGGAGUAGUAAACGAACAUGCAGAGACAGUACUGCAAGAUCUAAUAAAUCAUAUUGAAUCUUUGAAAAAGGAAUUUGCAGAAGCACCAGCUAAUCAUGAGUUAACACCGGGACAAGUGCAAAUACUAAAAGAGGCAAUGAAAAAAGUUUGUGAAACUGUACAUCGUUUAACCACAGAACACAGAGAGCUACAUGGUUCUGUUUCAAAAGUAGGAAAAGCAAUUGACAGAAAUUUCACUGCAGAUUUUGCAAGUACUAGUAGAGAAGAUGUUUUCUCAGGGCCAGAAAAAUCACACCUUCUAAAUCAAGUUAUUUGCCAACAUUUUUAUCGUCAUGGUAUGUUAGAUAUUGCAACAGAAUUAGCAGUGGAAGCUGGAAUUAAAACAGAUGAAGACACAAAAGAGCCAUUUACAGAAUUAAAUUAUAUACUGGAUUGUUUAAAGCAAAGAAAUCUAGAACCAGCACUUGACUGGGCCAAAAAACACAAGGAGGCACUUUUAGCACAAAAUUCGUCUCUCGAAUUUAAGCUUCAUAGGUUACAUUUUAUAAGACUGAUUCAACAAGGACCUAGCAAACAAACUGAAGCAAUAACUUAUGCUCGUCAAAAUCUUACGCAAUAUGUCGGGCGAUACGGAAAAGAAGUGCAAGCUUUAAUGGGCACACUACUUUAUUUACCAAAUGGAAUACAAUCUUCUCCUUACAGUCAUUUAUUGGAUCCUACAUUAUGGUUAGAUAUUCACGACGUAUUCACAAGAGAAGCUUGCACGUUAUUUGGUUUAAGCGUAGAUAGUCCUUUAUCUGUAUGCAUUAACGCAGGGUGCGCUGCUUUACCAACACUUUUAAAUAUUAAACAAGUUAUGCAACAAAGACAAGUGAAUACUGUUUGGAAUGGAAAAGACGAAUUACCUAUCGAAAUAGAUCUCGGCAAAGACGGUCGUUAUCAUUCAGUUUUCGCAUGCCCAAUCUUGAGGCAACAAAGUACAGAGAAUAAUCCACCAAUGAAAUUAGUCUGUGGUCACGUUAUUUCAAGAGAUGCGUUAAAUAAACUUACAAAUGCAAAUAAAUUAAAAUGCCCAUAUUGCCCAGUAGAACAAAAUCCAGAAGAUGCUAGACUUAUAUAUUUUUAGAUUACUGUGAUACAAUAAUAUAUAAUGCUUAAGUUAACGGGGAAGAUCCAUAUACUUAGGUCGAAUCAUCGUAUGUCGCGAUUUGGUAAUCAUUUUUUAUUAUUUCGCUUAAUAAACUGAUUUCUAAUUUUGUCAUUGAAGUGUAAAAAUGAUACAUUAACUCAUUCUACUAUGAAAAAGUGAUAGAUCUUUGAUAAUUAUUUCAGUGAUGAUGAUUAACACUAUUUCAUUAUUUUAAUUCAACGUUGCGUGAAAAUGUGUUAAUUCAAUUGUAAUUAUUUGAGAAAUGAAAUAUAGAUGUAAAUAAAUAAAUAUAUAAUAUGUUUGUAUACAUAUAUUUAUUUAUUUAUGUUUAUGCCGUAAAUAUAGGUAUGCACGAAUGCAAUAGUAUAAUUAUAAUAAUAUUAAAUAAUAUGUUUUUGUAUAUACUGCUGUUGAAUGUUAAUUAUCAAUUAAAGUUGUUUGUAAUGAUAGCUAUUAAUGAGAUAAUAUGUGAGUUGCAUAAAAAGUCGGUGUGUAUUAACGCAACCAUAUUAUAAUCUUUUCGUUUGUAACGUAGAAUCUGACUCAUCCGUCGAAGAUUAUUGCAUAGUCGAUUAUUGAUGCGUGUUCUCUAACAAAAUAUUUUUCUACCCUGGACAUCUAAAGAAUAAAUAAAAUAUUGUGUAUA